ACUUCUGACCUGUCAGUCUUGCAUCAAUAUAGUUGAUUCUGAUCAGUGGGUUCAGAUUGAGCCGUCGACCCAUACACAUGAAGGCAUGUCGAAGUUUAGGGUCAGCACUGUCCCAGGCCGCUACGAGUGUAUCAGGACCAGAAUGCGAUGGGUCUGUGACUGUGAGGUCACCUUUCAGUAUCAUGUCGUAGACGGUCGGUUCCUCAACACAGAGCUGAAGCGUCUGCAGUGUAACCGAAUCGGUCCAGUGAUUGACGUGACGGUGAUCUCAGGGAAACUGGAAGAAGUUCAUCUGCCCCAUUAUGUCUGUUUAGGACAUUCUGACCCCUCUCUCAAGGAUGCUGUGAAAGUCCUCAGUGUAAAAGAUGAGGGAAUAUAUGUAGAGCCUGUGCAGCUGACCCGAUUUCAUGCUAAAAUUGUCCAACCAUCAUUCUCUCUUAAAACGUUAAUUAUAAGUUGGAUAAUGCAGUGGGAUGAACACUGCGAUCUUCUUAUGUACAUGUGUUCUAAAGAUCCUCUCAUUCUACAUGUCUACUUUUAUCCACUUGAUGAACUUUUAAAAGAAGUUGUGGAGAAAGAAGAAAAAUCAAGCCAUCCAAUCAAGCAUCCCAGACCUGACAAGGCAUUUCGGAUGAAAACACCACACUUUCUUAAUGUUCCUGGUGCCUCUGUCCAUCCCAAAGAAGGGAUCACGCUCAGAAGGAAUACUGUCCCAAAUUUCUUCAAGGUCAAGAUGCACCUGGAGAAUGAUCUUGAAAUGACUCUCAUUAGAGAUGAUGAUAAUUGUCUGGAUUGCAACAUUGUCUGGACUGCAACAAUUGAGAAAGAUGAACUUGAUAAGAUAAAUACGAAGAAAGAUGAGCAGC